AUGCGAGCUCUCGCAGAAAGGGGGCAUCAAGUCACCAUCAUCACCACCGAUCCUAUCAAGGACCCACCUCCAAACAUGACUCAGAUAGACAUGUCGUUCAUGUACGACAUGUGGAAAGAAGAUAUCGAUUUCUUAAAAAAUUCUCUCUUAUCCAAAUCAGAACUGAUGGUCAUUAUUGAAGAGCAUGUUAAGAAGGCGUGUGAUGCCCAACUAAAAAUUCCAGGCCUGAAAGAACUUCAAUUUGGAGAGAAAUUCGAUUUGGCGAUAAUUGAGACGUUCUUAUACGACUGUCACUUUGGCCUCGUGCAUAGACUAGGUCCUCCACCAGUUAUUGGUUUCUGGUCAGCUGAGCUAUACCCACUUUUACAUAUCAUCGUGGGUAACCCAAUCAAUCCUGCUUAUUACCCAGACUUUGAGACAAGCUACACGGACCAUAUGACAUUCCUGGAAAGAGCUGACAAUGCCUACGAGAUGCUGCAAUCCAUCAGGCGGUUCGAAAGAAUUUCGACAUCACUGGAAGAGGUGAUGAGAGAACAUUUAGGAAGUGACCUGCCCAGCAUGCUCGAUAUGCAGUACAACAUCAGCCUCUUGCUGGCCACUACUCAUUUCUCUUCUGAUUAUCCGAAGCCAAUGCAACCUUCUGUGAUACAGAUGACAGGACUUCAUGUUAAGGGAAAGCCGAAUCCCCUGCCAAAGGAGAUACAGUCUUUCCUGGAUGAUGCGGAACAAGGGGCCAUAUACUUCAGUCUUGGGUCUAAUAUGAAGAGCAACAGUCUUCCAAAGAAUAUAAGGCAAAGUCUAAUGGAUGCCUUCUCGGAACUCCCUCAGAGGGUGCUCUGGAAGUUUGAGGAUGAUGACCUUCCAGGGAAACCGAGCAACGUCAUGAUUGCGAAGUGGCUUCCUCAACAGGACGUUUUAGCUCACAAGAAUGUGCAGCUCUUCAUGACUCAAGGUGGUCUUCAGAGCUUCAACGAGGCGUCCUAUUAUGGUGUGCCUCUUCUUGGGAUACCCUUCUUUGGUGACCAGGGACACAACGUAGGAAAAAUGCUAGAAGCAGGAAUUGGUGUGAAAUUGGACUUCAAUACAAUCACUAAAGAGAAGGUUCUAAACGCUGUGCAGACAGUUCUGGACAAUCCUAGCUACCAGGAGAACAUGAAGCGGUUCUCUGCCAUCUACCGGGAGCACCAGAGCACGUCCCUGGAGAGGGCGGUGUGGUGGGUGGAGUACGUGAUCCGCCACCAAGGGGCCCCUCACCUGCGCAGCGCUGCCCUCGACCUGCACUGGUGGCAGCUGCUGCUGCUCGACGUCAUAGGCUUCAUACUGGCUGUGGCGGCUGUGGUUGUGUUUAUCCUGUACAAACUGACUCUGUGGCUACGAUCUCUGUUGACGCCAGCCAGAAAAUUAAAGAAACACUGA